UUCCUGUUCCUCGCCUAACGCCGGGAUUCUUCGUGGCCACCAGGGGGCGCGCGCGGCCCAAUGUGGGCGCGGAGCCGCCAAGGGCCCGCCCUGCUCGCCCCGACGCCCCGCCCUGUCCGGCCUCGGUCCCGCCCCUCCAGGCGCCCCGCUCGGUCCGGCUGCGGCCUCCCUGCCUCUGCUCCCCCCCUGCGCCCGGGACCCCGGGUCUUCGUGUCUCGCCAGUUCCGGCCAUGGGUUCCGCCUCUCACCACAUGCGGAGGUCGCUGCCGCCGCCGCCUCCGCCACCCCCGUCGCCGCUGCUGUUGCUGCUUCCCCUGCUGCCUCUAUGGGUGGGCCUGGCGGGGCCCGGGGCCGCGGCAGACGGCAGCGAGCCGGCGGCCCGGGUGGGGCGGGGCGGAGCCCACGCCGUGCGGGUGGACGUGAGGCUGCCACGGCAGGACGCUCUGGUCCUAGAGGGCGUCAGGAUCGGCCCCGAAGCCGACCCGGCGCCCCCGCUGGGCGGCCGGUUGCUGCUGAUGGACAUCGUGGAUACUGAGCAAGAGGUGCCCGUAGAAGGCUGGAUUGCAGUGGCAUAUGUGGGCAAGGAGCAGGAGGUCCAGUUCCACCAGGAGAAUGAGGGCAGUGGUGCCCAGGCCUAUCCCAAGGCGCUGGUCCAGCAGAUGCGACGGGCCCUCUUCCUGGGAGCCUCGGCUCUCCUUCUCCUCAUCCUGAACCACAAUGUGGUUCGAGAGCUGGACAUAUCCCAACUUCUGCUCAGGCCUGUGAUUGUCCUUCAUUAUUCUUCCAAUGUCACCAAACUGUUGGAGGCACUGCUGCAGAGGACCCAGGCCACAGCUGAGAUCACCAGUGGAGAAUCGCUGUCGGCAAACAUUGAGUGGAAGCUGACUCUGUGGACCACCUGUGGCCUCUCCAAGGAUGGCUACGGAGGAUGGCAGGACCUAGUGUGCCUGGGAGGCAGUCGUGCCCAGGAGCAGAAGCCCCUGCAGCAGCUGUGGAAUGCCAUCCUGAUGGUGGCCAUGCUCCUGUGCACAGGCCUUGUGGUCCAGGCCCAGCGGCAGGCAUCACGGCAGAGCCAGCAGGAGUCUGGAGGCCAGGUGGACCUUUUCAAGCACCUGGUGGUGCAGAGACUGGCAUCCCUCAAGACCCGGCGCUGCCGUCUGAGCAGAGCAGCACAGGGCCUCAAGGAGCCUGGCACUGAGACCUGUGCUGUGUGUCUGGAUUAUUUUUAUAACAAGCAGUGGCUCCGGGUGCUUCCUUGUAAGCAUGAGUUCCACCGAGACUGUGUGGACCCCUGGCUGAUGCUUCAGCAGACCUGCCCGCUGUGCAAAUUCAACGUCCUGGUUGCUGGGGAGAAGGGGUCAUCCCAAACCCCUGGGGCCUUGGAGAAGAGGUGCCAACUGCCUCCUGGUUCUACCUCAUGUCAAGCACCACUACGGAGUGAGGAAGCACCUGGAAAGAGAGCAGAGCAAUCUAUCUUCUCAGACAGAGAGACUCACAUGGUGGGAGAUGCUGUGCUAUCUACAUCCUUAGCCCUGUUCCCAUCUCAGUGUGACAUAAGCAUCUCUAAAUGCCACACUGUGAGCUGGAGGCCAUGCCCUGACCUCCAGGGUUCCCAGGUGGGUCUGGAUCUCAGAUCCAGUAGCCUUGGCAAGAGUUACACACACAGGAGCCCAGAGGAGGCUCUACCUCACUCAGCCAGAGGUGGCAGGGGGUCAGGGAAGCUGGGAGCAGCUUCACAGUGACAGCUUCACAGAGGAGUGGGUAAACAGGGCCUUGAUGCAUGACGGGGGGUUGGCCAGGCCAGGAAGGCUUGAGCAGGGUACUCCUAGUUAAGGCCCAGAAUAAUGCAAAGCCAUAUAGGAUGGAAGGUGUACUCUAUGCUCACAUCUCUCCAGGCCACUGUAGGUCAUAAAUGGUGCUUUCAUACCCAGAGCUCCUCUGGGCCUCUGAGUAGUAACCCUGUCAUCUCCAUCCCCAGGCAGGUCACCCCACAAUGUCCCUGCUGCCUGUCAGGCUCCUGUGGAUUUACUGGCAUGGAAGGUUUUUGAGAACUGGGUUGUGAUAUCCAGAAAGUAGAAAGCUGAUGAUCAUACUAACUUUAUUGUUGUUGUUGUUGCUGCUGUUGUUAUCAUUGCUGUUGUUGUUGUUAUUAAUAUUAUUAUUAUUUUGGCGGUACUAAGGA